CUUCCAACACACCCAUACCCCAGUCUCGCCCAUGCUCUCUUUUUUCCACCUCUCUCUCUCUCUCCUUGACCUUCUCUCCUUUCUUUCUUGCUCCUCUUCCCUCUGUCUUCUUAGCCUCUUUUUUCUUUGCACCAGCCUCUUUCUUUCUUGUCUCCUUUGCCACUGUGUUCGUUCUUUCUUUCCUUUUCCUCAUUCUAUUCUUCCUCACUCUCAUCCUACUACUCUCUUUGUUUCUUUCUUUGUUUUUCUCCUCGCCAGCCUCUCUACAGGGCGGGGGUAGGUGGAGUCCUGCCUAGGACUGGAACUACAUCUCCCAUCCUGCCCCGGGGUUCCACCGGAAGGAGCCCGUGAGCUCGGCUAUAAGGGAACGGGAGCGGAGCCCCUCGCCUCUUAAAGGGGCCGCGCCGACACUGGGGACACCUGUCCUGCGGGAAGAGAAACUGGUCCAAUAGAAGAUAUUACUUCACCCACCCUGUCUCGCUAAUAUUCUGGGACCAAUAUGGCUGCAACAACACUGCAUACAAAGCCGUAAAUCCAUCCCUCAAAAACCCUCUACAGACAAUCCAGCUGGAAGAGGUGAAGCCAGGAUGCCCCGGGCAGGCUCAGCCCUCCAGCUGCCCCGAUGAAUGGCCCAGAUGUGUCUGCAAUAUAUAAAGCAAGCUGAACUGGUUUAAGAGCCUUAUCUCUGAAAUCUGCAGGGUCCCACUGGCUGGACUGUUGCCACAAUUUGUUGUUGUAUCUGUUUCUCUUCAAGCUAUUGUGAGCGAAAGCUAAUUAUGUUGCAGAACAGGUAUUGCAGACAGCUUAAGUCAGAAGCAUUUAAUGGUGCAUCAAAUCGACUGAGGCCAUCCAGUACAACUUGGAGGGAUGCAGCAAAGGAUGUGGUUUGUGUGACGAUGCUUCCCUCUGGGCUCUGGCUGUAGGAUGUUGGAGACUCAGGAGCAAGAAGAGCUGACCACGGUGCGUGUUCAGGACCCUCGGCUCCAAAACGAAGGCUCCUGGAAUUCCUAUGUGGAUUAUAAAAUCUUCCUUCAUGGAGCCACCUCUGACCUUUCCCGUCCUCCUGCGUCUCGUUUCACAGACCAACAGCAAGGCCUUUACCGCCAAGACCUCGUGCGUGCGCAGAAGGUACCGCGAGUUCGUGUGGCUGAGGAAGCAGCUCCAGAAAAACGCUGGCUUAGUGUCCGUCCCAUGUCACCUCGUUCCGGCUGUGGAGACCGAGCUGUUUUCCUUCCUCUGCUCUGUUCCCUCAGGCCUGUCCCGGAGCUGCCGGGGAAAUCCACCUUCUUUGCAGGCAGCACCGAUGAGUUCAUUGAGAAACGGAGACAGGGGCUCCAGCAGUUCCUGGAGAAGGUCGUGCAGAACGUGGUCCUCCUGUCGGACAGCCAGUUGCAUCUCUUCCUGCAGAGCCAGCUGUCGGUGCCCGAGAUCGAGGCGUGCGUGCAGGGCCAGAGCUCCCUGACUGUCACGGACGCCAUCCUCCGCUACGCCAUGUCGAACUGCGGCUGGGUGCAGGAAGAAGACACCCGCCCUGCGCUCGUGGCGGGGGCAGAACUCUACGGCAGCUGCGCUGGUCUCGGAAGCCCCCCUGUUCGGAGCUGCCUGAAACCCCCUUCGCGCUGGAGCGACUUCGGCAUGGAAGACAGCCACUCGGAUAGCCUGGAUUCUCCUACGGAGCAGCCGGAGACGGAGUAAGCAGCACGAAGGAUAUUGGGAGCAGCGGCUCUUGCUCUGCGGAGAGCCAAGGAUGGCAGCUGAGUGGCUCCUGUUGGUGCAGGAUUGGGACCCUGCAUGGCACGUGGUCCUCAGCCUCAGCCCGUCUACUCCCAGCCGCUUGUGACCACUUCCUGCCACCUCUGGACGGUCCUCUGACGAGGCAGGUGCUGGGUGAAUACACAGCUGAGCUGUACGAAAAGGGAACCAGUACUUAGUAGAACCUCAGUUUGUUACUCCCCGGGGCUGCGUCAUGCUCUCGUGGGGGGGAACGGUGUGUAGUAGGGGUGGGGGCUGCUUGAAAACAAAAGCCAGCUCCCUUGAUCUUGGCUUGAUCCUCUGUCCCCUUGGAGCUGGGUCAUGGAGGCAGAUGCUCAUCACUGCAGAGAUCCUCCUGGAGCGAUGUUGUCUGGAUCCCUGGGCGGACUUGCUGUCCCUCCUUGCCCAGCAGCAGAUCAGCCAGCUGUCCCAGCAAUGCCCAGUGGAUUCUCGUUCCUAGAACUAGAAUUCAGUCUUUGUAGCAUUGAAAAACCAACGGCCGCGUAGGCACGAGCGGCGCUGCUUUGCACGGCCGAGAGCCACCUUUAAACAGCUCCUCUGGGGCGGCCUCUCCUCAGCUGUGCUGAGCCAGAGACCCACAUGCUGGGUCCUCCUGGCCUGGCUCAGCAUGCAGGCCGCGUGCCGCUGGAAUGAGCCGGUGAGCUUUCCCUGGGGGCUCGAUAUUGCAGGAUUGAUUCCUCCAUUGCGGCAGGGCUGGGGGAAUGUCUUGUGGUGGGACACUGAGGUCAGAAGGUUGGUUGAGCUCCUCUUUUGUGUGGGACACCCCUCAAGCUGGGCUUCCCUGCAGGAGAACAAAUCUUUUGGCUAACCCAGACCUGCCCGAGCCUAACCGCCAACUGGAGCUGAAGAGGGCAAAGGGGGGUGAUCCCUAUUGCCAGCCAUGAGGGAGCAGAACGGAAGAAAGAAUCCCUUAGUAAAGAACGGGCAAUCCCACGCUGCGGCUACCACCAGGGCCUCUCUGCUUGCAGCCUGUCGGGUCCAUUUACUCUGCUGCUCCUCAGCCCCUCCUCUGGCAUUGGCAUGGCUCAGACGGCCGAGCUGAGGUGCUCUGGCCUGCAAUAAAUGAGAAGCACAUGAGACACUGGGUGCUGGUGAUUUAUGUCUGGCGGGGUGGGGAAGAGACCAG